AUGGAUCCUACUUUGGUCUAUGAUGCAAGCGACACUCUGGCCUUGUUUCAGCCCAUGCGAUCAUUCAGUCGAGAUGGGAAGUCUCCAGAUUUAGCCUGCCCACCCAACGUCAAAAUCUGGGCUGGAUCAUCUCCAACUCCUAUAACCGCCCAUCGAUUGAUCCUGGGUUCCGUGUCCCAAUUUCUUCACUCACUUCUCCUUAGUUCAGCUCCUUGGGAUUCGUCUUCGUGUUUUAUUCUACCAGACUACGAGCCAAUUAUUGUGCAAUCCGUUCUUGAGUUGUUGUAUUGUGGGUCUGCAGUCAUCAGUAUGAGCCAGAAUUCGCAAAUUCUCCAAUGUCUUGACAUGUUAGGUGUCAAAUGCGAGCAGUUGUCUUACAUUGGUCUAAAUGACAGAGAAGCCAAUGACGAAUCAAAGAGCCGUGAUUGCGCUGAGCCUUGGCUUACCUAUAAAUGUACAGAAUGCGGGAAGACCCUCAAAUCUCGUCGGAACUUUGAUAACCAUAUGGCUUUGCAUCAUCCCAUGAAAUUGAAGUGUCAUAAGUGCCCUGAAAAGUUUCUUUCUCCUAAUCGACUGCGCUAUCAUAUGCAAUCCGUGCAUUUGAAUUUGGCCUUCGCAUGCUCUAUUUGUACCAAAGCUUUUCGGAGGAAAAUUGAAGCCACAUCCCAUUUCAAAAAGUAUCACCCAGGAGAGGCUUUUCAAUCAAACGUAUCCAUCAUUCGAACGAAGACAACCGCCCUAACAAAAAGGAGCACGACCUCCCAAGCCACAAAACCGGGAGUCAAAACCCUUGGAAACAAAUGUUCGGACACCGAGGAGACGAAACAUACGGUCGCAAAGCGUUUUCCUUGCAGUACUUGUCAAAAGCCGUUCAAUACGCGAUGGGCCCUAAAUCGGCAUAUGCUGACCCACAAUAAAUCGUUGAGUAGAAAGAUGUAUUUGUGCCAGACGUGUGGGCAAUCAUUUGACCGAUAUGAUCCUUAUUACCACCACAAACUUCGACACGCACCCACUCAAGAUUUACCUACCUGUUCCACAUGUGAAAAGCCAUUUGCGAAUGCUGCGUCUUUGCGGAAUCAUAUGAAGGGCGUCCAUGGCGAGGGCGACAACCAAUCAUUCGAUUGCCCGAUUUGUGGGAAAGUGUUCACUUACAAGGCCAAUCUGAAGGUGCAUACCUAUCAGCAUAAGGGAGAGAAACCCUUUCUCUGCGAGAUUUGUCAAGCUCGUUUCUUACGAAGGGAACAACUUCAGAACCAUCAAAAGAUCCAUGAAAGACAAGAUUUUGAUAGCAUCGACGAGCUGGUGGACCAUUUCAAUGAUUUUAAGCGGUCUGUCAUCAACGAACCUGACUCAUGAGACCACUUCCAUCAUUUUUGUGUCAUUUCUCAAGUUUCCUUGAUUCAGAAACGGCAAACUUUCUUCAACCGUAAAUCUACUUGAUUUGAUAAAUGAAAUUACGAUAGUUUCAAUUUUCUUCAGCAUUCGUGUCUCGGACCCUUAAUCAUGAAAUAAAAAUCGAAAAAAGUAUAAA